UUCCGCUUCCGCUCUGCUCUGGAGGAGUCAGUAUCCCGUCAUGCACUGCGGUUUGAGCGGCACGGCACGUCAACGUGUUCUGACUCAGGACAUGCUGCACCGUCAUUGAUUUAAAAAAAAAUCAUCAACUCUGUCGAUUAAAAGUUUAAGAGUUGAUUUGAUUUCAGCUUUGUUUGAAAAGCGGGAGCGCGUCUUUUAGAGCGAGAUGUCUUUGGUUUGUGCUAUUUCGAGCGAGGUGCCGGAGCACCCCUGUGUCUCUCCUGUUUCUAAUCAAGUGUUUGAGAGGCGUCUGAUUGAGAAAUACAUAGCAGAGAAUGGAGCCGACCCCAUCAGUGGACAGCCACUGUCCGAGGAGCAGCUCAUUGAUAUCAAGGUGUCUCACCCCAUUCGACCGAAGGCUCCCUCGGCCACAAGUAUUCCUGCGAUCCUCAAAUCUCUGCAGGAUGAGUGGGAUGCCGUAAUGCUGCACAGUUUUACUCUGAGGCAGCAGUUGCAGACCACUCGACAGGAGCUGUCUCACGCUCUCUACCAGCACGAUGCGGCCUGCAGAGUCAUCGCUCGUCUCACGAAAGAGGUCACCGCCGCCAGAGAGGCUUUGGCUACACUCAAACCUCAAGCCGGACUGGUCACUCCACAAGCCACUCCUGCUUCUCAGCCUGCAGCUGUGGGUGCUGGCGGUGAGGCCAUGGAGGUUAGUGAGCAGGUCGGAAUGACUCCAGAGAUCAUACAGAAGCUCCAAGACAAGGCCACCGUCUUAACCACCGAGAGAAAGAAGAGAGGAAAGACCGUGCCGGAGGACCUGGUCAGAGCAGAAGAUCUCAGCAAGUAUCGCCAAGUGGCGUCCCAUGCUGGUCUUCACAGUGCCAGUAUACCAGGAAUCCUCUCUCUGGAUCUCUGCCCAACAGACACCAACAAAGUCCUCACCGGUGGUGCUGAUAAGAACGUGGUGGUGUUUGACCGUCGAGAGGAGCAGAUUGUUGCCACCCUCAAAGGGCACACCAAAAAGGUCUCGUCUGUCAUCUACCACCCUGCUCAGUCGGUGGUGUUCUCCGCAUCUCCAGACAGCACUAUCCGUGUGUGGUCGGUUACCGGGGGCAACUGCGUGCAGGUGAUCAGGGCCCACGAGGCCAGUGUUACCGGCCUCUCUCUGCAUGCUACCGGAGACUACUUACUGAGCUCUUCUGAGGACCAGUACUGGGCCUUCUCGGAUAUCCAAACUGGAUGUGUCCUGACUAAAGUCACAGAUGAGACCGCUGGAUGUGCUCUGACCUGUGCUCAGUUCCAUCCUGACGGUCUGAUUUUCGGCACUGGCACGGCAGAUUCUCAGAUUAAGAUCUGGGAUCUGAAGGAACGGACCAAUGUAGCCAACUUCCCCGGACAUUCAGGUCCCGUGACGUCCAUCGCCUUCUCUGAGAAUGGAUACUAUCUGGCCACUGGUGCUCAGGACAGUUCACUCAAGCUGUGGGAUUUGAGGAAGCUGAAGAACUUCAAGACAAUCACUUUGGACAACAAUUAUGAGGUGAAGUCUUUGGUCUUCGACCAGAGUGGAACAUAUCUGGCUGUUGGUGGAUCAGACAUAAGAGUUUAUAUCUGCAAACAGUGGUCUGAGGUCCUCAACUUCUCUGAUCACUCUGGUCUGGUUACCGGUGUGGCUUUUGGCGAACAUGCUCAGUUCCUGGCGUCCACUGGCAUGGACAGAAGUCUCAAAUUCUACAGCCUGUAAUAGAAAUGGAGAACCUUCAGGAGAGAUUUAAAACGGGAUGCAAUCAUUUUUCCACAGCAAAUAUGUCAGUAAUAAAUUGUGCUUGUGUAUACAUAGAUAUUCAUUCACUGUCUCCUACAUCAUUGUAGUGAUGAAUUCCUCCGAUACAUACAGUAUACCAGACUUUGAAAUCGGUCACUUCUCUUUUGUUAAAGUUAUUGCUUUAAGACAGAUUUUGGCAGAUUCGGGUUGAUUUGAGCUCUUCUACUUUUUAAGCUUUGAUUGUAGGCUGGUGAGCUUUGUUAGUGUCCCAUGACGUCUUUUUAAAAAAUUUUUUUUUAUCCUUUUGUGGACCAUAACAACAAAUGUGAAAUAGAUUCCAAUAAAGUUUAAAUGAUUUUUA